AAAUACAUUUCUGAAUUCGGAGGCGAUCCAUCCAAAGUCACCAUAUUUGGUGAAUCGUCCGGAGCGAUCGCGGUCUCGUACCACCUUCUCAUCAACAAUGGUGAUAACGAGGGUCUUUUUCGCGCUGCGAUCUGUGAAUCCGGUUCAGCCUUCCCGGUAGAAACUUUAUCUUCUGGCGCGGGUCAACCAAUUUAUGACAAAAUAGUCAAUUAUACCGGAUGUGCAUCUUCAUCAAAUUCCCUAGACUGCUUACGUGCAGUAGAAUAUGAACAUUUAUUUGCAGCUGUGAACCGGAUCCCAGGAUUAUUCUCGUCUGGAUCAUUUCCUUCGCCUUUCUCACCCUUCAUCGAUGACGCAAAGGUUCCACUUAUCUCUGGUAAUCAGGAUGACGAAGGAACCCUGUUGAUUCUGGGGCAGCUAAGCCGGCUGAUUACCGAGGACGAUGUAAGACAAUACUUUCAGUAUCUGUGUCCCAAGGCCAGUGAAACCGAAACGACUGAGAUUCUCCAGCUUUAUCCACAAGACAUCACCCAAGGCUCACCAUUCAACACAGGUAUUUUAAAUGCUAUCACCCCUGGGUACAAACAAUAUGCUGCGCUCUUUGGCGAUUUUACAUUUCAGGCUUUUCGUCGGCUCACGCUUCGUACCACUCAAUCAGUUAUGCCUUCCUAUGGGUACAUUGACCGUGCAAUGAAAUUCACCCCCGUUGUAGGGAGGAGGUCAGAUGAUUUCCAAGCUCGUUGGAUCGCGUUCACCAACACACUCGACCCAAAUUUUCCCGGGCUACCGUUGUGGGAACCUUACUCAAAUGGAGCUCGAAUCUUGGAAUUUCAAGAUACUGGAUCAAUUGGAAUGCAAAGAAACACAUGUUUGAAGAAUCAAAUCUGUAAACAUCUUGACGCGAAUUCAGCUGAUUCACACCAAGCCAAAAAGGUGUUUAUGAGUCCAACUAGAUUUCCUUCCAAACUCUACAAACGACUCGGACCACCUUUUCUUGUCCUUCAAGACUGUAUUAGAGAUCCUUACUUGCCCAGUUGA